CGCUAAACACUGCCCGUAGAUAGACUUUUCAAAACGCUAUUCCAAAACUCAGAAAAAGUGUUUUCAUGUCUUUUAGAAAAGCUAUUCCAAAAGAGGUCAUUCGUAUCAAAUAUUCAAAUCCAUUUUCUACCUUAUCAUUUCCAAAACUCGGGAAAUGUGUUUUCGUGCCUUUCUAUUGUCGGGGCGCGAAAGCUCUCAUUGCCGGAAGAAGCAGCGAGACACCGAGAGAGAUGCCAUCGGCUAGCGAUUGGAUUGAAACAGAUGAAACCGCAAAGCAGUACCUGAGUCGGCUUCUCACGGAUCGUCCUUUCGCCCAUCUUCCGCCACCUCUACACCGCAUUCCCCUCCGAGCCGGCAACGUCGUCGAGAUCGUCGGCCCUUCACCCUCCGCCAAAACUCAGAUUCUCAUACAGGCUUCCAUCAGCUGUAUUCUGCCCAAGGAAUGGAAGGGCGUGCAUUAUGGAGGGUUGGGGCGCCCAGUGGUGUUCAUCGACUUGGAUUGCCGCUUUGAUAUUUUGAUCUUUUCAAGUUCUCUGAAGCAGCGCAUACUAGAAGCCAAAGGAAAGAGUAUCCCAAGCAUAAAAGGAGGAGGAGCUAACAUGUAUGACAACGAUUUAGUUGCAGAAAGCAUGAGAAAAUUCAUGUACAUUCGUUGUUAUGAUAGUAUCCAGUUUCUCGCUACACUUAAGACUAUGCACAAUCAACUUCAAAAGGAAAAAGAAGCGCACGGCAUUGGUGCUUAUCUAAUGAUUAUUGACAGUAUUGGAGCUUUUUAUUGGAUGGAUCGUGCUCUUGCUUUCAUGCCACAUGCUAGAGGCAACAGGAAAUGUUUCUCUCUUCAAGGUGUAUCAGAAACUGUGGUUCAAGAGAUUAAGAAGAUUCUUCUGGCUCAUCCAAUGGUUGUCCUAAGUACCAAAACCGUGAGUAUAGAGGAUAAAUACUCAUCAAAUGAAAUUGUAAGGAAUGUGGGGAAGUGUUAUGGUCAAAAUUCCUUGGAUGAUUUGAGUGCUAAGAGUAGGUGUCCGGUUCUAUCAUAUCGUGAGUAUAUGCCUUUGGCCUGGCAGUCCUUUGUUUCUCACAGGAUACUUGUGUGCCCUUCAGAUGAUCCUUGUGAGAAUAAAAACCAAUCCACUUAUUUUACAGAGUGGGAGUUACCCUCGCUAAGGAAAUCAGAAAAGUUUUUGAUCAAUGAUGACGGUGUAUUUGCUAUAUGAUCAUAUGCAUCUUGGAUUCCUGGUUGCUUGAAUGUGAUCCUGGUGUAGUGCAUAAUUAUUUCAUAUUGGAUCUGUGUUCCUACCAUCUUUUUACUUGAUAAUCGCGGCUUCAGUGUUGACGAAGAAUGUGGUGAAAAGUAGGCAUAAAAGCCUUGCUGCAGCGUCUGGAAAGGAGUGGAAGUAUAUUGUAGAAGUUGUUGGCAUUCAUCUCUCCUACAGCCCGAGGACCAGUAGUAAUGAUAUAGACUUUGUUCUCUUUUUUUGUUUAUUUAUUUUUAGCUAAAAUUCAGUUCAGCUGAACACUUUAGGCGAACUUUUCUUAAUUGAAAUUAGUAGAAAUCAUCCUAAAUAGGACUAAAACAUAGAGAAAAGUACUAAAAUAGGAUUUUCAUG